AUGACUGAACAGGACGAGCUGCUGGCCAGGAUCGGUCGGCUUGCAGGUCAAAUUAAUCGCCACAAAUCACAAGAUACUCAGGCGGCUAAUCCCCAGUCUCAAUAUGCGUCUGGAAAUAUCUACCCUCAUCAUUCCAGAUGGGAACCAUACUCUGGACGAGGACGUGGUCGAGGUCGAGGCCGAGGCCGUGGAGCACGGCACUGUUCGCUUGUUCUGAAUACCCAGGCUGUAGGCUCAAACAUGAGCGCUGCAUCUCCUGCCCCGACAAGUGACAAUACUAGCGCAACGGCUCCCACACCGACUCCCAGCACCGGCUGGGUUGCAAAGCGCAAUCGCCACAACAAUCAGUUGAUUAAUUCUGCCAUUUAUGAUAGGGAGAUUCAGGCCAGAUCAAAAGCUAUGGAAGAGACUCGCAAGCUCAAAGAACAGCAAGCUGCAGAGCGAGAACAAGCAAAGGUACUCCGAUAUGCACAGGGCGCAGGUGCUGUCGCUAUGGUGUCUACACCCGCGAAUCCUACAGCUGCCCAUCAGAUUAUUGUCAAUGAUAUCCCUUUCAAGGUCGCACGCGGUGGCAGCAAACUUGUCCGGGUUUCGAAUGACCCUAGUACUGCCAACAACACCCCAAAGCGUGUCACUGUGGCCGGUGUGUCCUUCGUGCGUAGCAAAAAUGGAAAUUUACAUCGUCUUGGCGCGGUGGCUUCGAAACAAUCUCACACCGUCAAAAAGCGCGACGAGCUUUGCAAGAGAUUCACAACAACCGGUAUUUUGUUUUCCGAUGGGCCCAUCCAGCUCAGUUCUGCCCUAUCAGCCUGCUCAAAACUGACCAUCAUUUACUUUCUAGGCACAUGCUACAAAGGCCCUAACUGCCUCUUCAUCCACGAUCCCACCAAGGUGGCUAUUUGCAAGGACUUCCUCAUGACAGGCAAAUGCGCUGCAGGUACUAGCUGUGAUCUAUCCCAUGAGCCCUCGCCCCAUCGUUCCCCGGCCUGUAUGCAUUUCCUCCGAGGACGCUGCGCCAACCCGGAAUGUCGCUAUUCCCACGUCCGCGUGACCCCCGGCGCCCCCGUUUGCCGUGCAUUCGCAACUCUAGGGUACUGUGAGAAGGGCGAAACAUGCGAGGAAAAGCACGUCCACGAGUGCCCCGACUACGCCAAUACUGGCGCCUGCGACAAGAAGCGCUGCACACUCCCGCAUGUUGACCGUGCGGGCCAGAUCCGCAAGGCUGCGGUUGCUGCUGCUAAUAAGAAUGGUGAGGAGUCUGACAUGUCUAGCGAAGAUGAGAGCUACGAUGCCAUCGACUCGGACGACGUUGACUCGGACGACGAGCCUGAAGAGAUCAUCGAAGGUGUGGAUAGCGGUGAGAUGUCGGAGCAGCAGGAUUUCAUCCACAUCUGA